AUGGCCCCGCUUCCCCAGCCCGAUCUCCCCGAGCCCGCGCACCCGACUGUCGAUUCGAUGCUGAGCCGCAAGUUUGGCAAGGAAGUUGCGAACUACUUCUCCGGCUCGCCGCUGAACCGCGUGUCGUUCCUCCGCGGUGACCACACGUUCCUCUCGUCGGCGCUGCGCCACCCCUCGGCCACGUUCCUGCUGUUCCGCAACAUUGAGCCGCUCGUUGAAUCGCCUUCGGCGCUGGCGCGCGUCACGUACGCGGAUGUAGAGCCUAUCAUCGGCAAGGACAUCUUCAACGUUAGCGAGAGCGAUGUUAUUGCACAGUACAAUUCGAGCCUGUACAUCCCGCAGAUAGUCUUCUUGGGUCUAGACGAGCGGAAGGAGGGCUUCGUGUACAAGGAGCACUACAAAGGCCAGCCGUGGUUUGCCGUCGACGUCACGCCCAAGGAGACCGUCAAAGAUGCCGCCGAGGCGCUCAUUACGAAGGUGCAAGGCCAGGGGCUCGACUUCAGCAAGGGGAGGAUGCACAUGAGUCUGCCUGCAGAAGAAGCCGCCAUCUACGCCGAAGCCCGCCACCUGCUCGACUGGAACGCGCGCAACCCCUUCUGCGCCAGCUGCGGCCACAAAACCCUCUCCGUCAACGCCGGCUUCAAGCGCACCUGCCCGCCCAAAGACAUCGCGCCCGCCGUCGCCGCCAACCCCGAAAGGCCCCCUUGCGCUACCCGCACCGGCAUCUCCAACCUGUGCUUCCCGCGCACCGACCCCACCGUCAUCAUGGCCGUCGUUAGCGCAGACGGCGCCCGCAUCCUGCUCGGCCGCCAGAAGCGCUGGCCUGCGUACUGGUACAGCACGCUUGCCGGCUUCCUCGAGCCCGCGGAGAGCGUCGAGGAGGCGGUUAGGCGCGAGGUGUGGGAGGAGAGCGGCGUGCAUCUCGGGCGCGUCGUUAUCCAUUCUACCCAGCCAUGGCCGUACCCUGCGAAUCUCAUGAUUGGGGCUGUGGGGCAGGCGGUGCCGGGCGGCGAGACGGUGCAUCUUGGGCACGACGCGGAGUUGGAGGAUGCGAAGUGGUUCUCGGCCGACGAGGUCAGGGAGGCGCUGCGGGUGGGGACCAGUGGGCUGGGUGAGGAGCCUGGGCCAGAGUGGAAGGAGGGAGGAUUGAGAUUGCCGCCGCAGACGGCGAUUGCGCACCAGCUGAUUAGCGCGCUGGUGAACGGAUUUGCGAGCGGGGCGCCAAUGAUGUGA